AUGAAAUUACGUCAGCAAACCGCCCCAUACUUUAAAGUUGUUAGAAAACCUGUUUCAACAGAAUUUAACGAGUUUGGUAAUAAAACGAAUGUAAAUCUAAAUAGCUUGAUUCCCUGUGAUGAAAAUCCAACGUUGGAAGCUGUUGUUAAUAGUCCAGACUUAAAAUCAAAUUACAGAAAUCAAGACCAAGAAGUAAACAAUUAUGAUGCAAAUACUGAAUCCGGAAAUAACAUUUCCCACAUUGAAACAAAUAAUACUGAGCUACUCACUAAGUUGCCCAAUAAGCUUCCCAGUAAGCAGUUGAACAGUAAAGAAGAAAACUCCUCCAUUAAAAUUCCAAUGCCAAGAUUAAUAAAUUAUUUACUUACACUGGUAAUUAAAUGGCGGCGUAAUACAACAUUCACAGUAGCGUCAGACAUUUCUAGACUUCUCAACAUUGCCACAGAUGUAUCUGAUGAUAAGAGUUCAUCUUAUCAUUUCAAAAAAAUUAUUGAUAAAUAUUCACAGCGCGUCACUACUCAUUAUAUGUGUAUCGAAUGUGGUAAUUAUUUAGGAUCUAUUAGAAAUAGAAUCGUUCAAUGUGAUAGUUGUUUGCAUAAAGUCAAAAACGAAGGUGAAUUGGAUAAAAGUUUCUUCUUACAUCUGCCAUUAGAAGAUCAACUUCGAGAAAUUUUUGAGACUACUGAAGCUCAUAAUCUACACUCCAAGAAUCGUAAAAAAAUACAUACAAAUGGUUUGGAAGAUAUUUAUGACGGAAAAUUAUAUAAGAAAAGAAUCUGUAACGAUAAUACCAUAUCAAUAAAUUUCAGCGUUGAUGGUGCACCGAUAUUUGACAGUUCCAACAGUUCAGUAUAUCCUAUUUUAUGUACUAUUAAUGAAUUAGACCCCAUAAAAAGGCGUAAUCAUAUAAUGCUAUCUAGCAUAUGGUUUGGGACAGGUAAACCGAAGUCUAUGAAUGGUUAUUUAAAGCCGUUUGUGGAUGAAGCUACAAAAUUAUUUAAUAAAGGUUUUAAAUAUGUCUACACGGGUCAAGAGUACAAAAAAUAUGUAGUUAUUUUGAUGGGAGUUUGUGACUCUGUGGCUCGCCCUAUUUUAAGGUGUUCUACGCAAUUUAACGGUGAAUACGGCUGCGGUUUGUGCCUUCAUCCCGGAGAAAGUAUUGCAAAAGGUCGAGGUCAUGCCAGAGUAUAUCCUAUUGUCAAUGGCAAUGCCCUUGGCGAAGGAUUAAGAUCUCACCGUGAAACAUUAAGACAUGCAGAAGAAAAAUAA